GAAUUCCCCGCCCCCCGCCUUGCACCCGGAUUCAACCCGCAACUUUCCAAACUAGCCAGCCCCCUCCCCGCACCCAGAGCUGGGGGUUCGUUUAUAAACUCAGGUUUUGAAGAAAAAGGGGGAUUUGAUUUUGCUUUGGCUGCUUUUUUUGGUCUCUUACCAAGAGGGGGAACUUUACUUGGGACACGUGAUUUCUCCUUUUUGUGUGUGUCUCUUUCUUUUGAAUCCAAGCGGAGGAGAGGAGUUUCUGGGGGGGGUCUGAAGGGUCUCGCCGGUCGGGAGCUGCCCGGGCUGGUGUGUCCACUCGCACUCCCUUUGUGCGGGGGCGCGGCCGCUGGCUGGAGAAGAUGUUGGACUUUUGGAAACCCGGCUUUGCAGAGCGUUUGGGGUUUUGCAUGUGGAGGGGCUGGGCAGAACUUAGAUCAAACCAGCGUGUUUUAAAUCUGUUACUGCUAUUAACCCCCCGCCCCCCUGGGUGUUUUGGAUUUCUCCUCGGGCUGGGUCGCGCUUCCCCUGGGCAGCUGGUGGUGGGUGGGGGCAGCUCGGCCAAAGGGAACCAGCAGACCCUCCUCCAUCCCGGCUCAGUUACAGAGCGCCUUGAAGCGGAGCACAGCAGAGGGCCUCUCUGUCUCUCACGUAGCCAGCAGCUCCCCGUGGUCCCUGGGCCACUCAGGGCUGCAGGCAGGAGCCGGCCAGGGAUCCAUUUGCUUUUCCAAUUAGGGAGACAGCUUUGCCAUUUUCUCCUCUUGAAGGGAGGAAGGGGCUUGCAUGGCAGUGGACUUGAAUCUGCUUUGUGGUGUGCGUGCGUGUUGGGGAGCAGAGAGCAGCGCCGCGGUUUUGAAUGCCAUCUCCAGACCAACUCUGCCACAUGGCCGGGAAGGGCUUUAACCAGGAGCGGUCUGCAGGCAGCUCCACCAUGUCAGACAGUGACCUCGGAGAAGAUGAUGGGACUGCCUCUCUGGACCUGUUGCAGUCGAAUAAGAGGAAAAGAAGGGGGAACCUCCCGAAGGAAUCGGUGAAGAUCCUCCGAGACUGGCUGUAUGAGCAUAGGUUCAAUGCAUAUCCAUCUGAGCAAGAGAAACUCAGUCUGUCUGGACAGACCAACCUCUCUGUGCUGCAGAUCUGUAACUGGUUCAUCAAUGCCCGGCGACGGCUCCUCCCCGACAUGCUGCGCAAGGACGGCAAGGACCCCAACCAGUUCACCAUCUCUCGCCGAGGGGGCAAGACCGCAGACGUGGCCCUGCCCCGUGGGGCUGCCACAGGCUCUGGGGGGCCGGUGAUGCCUCCUGUGGCUCCUGCUACGGCUGCCACCACCCCCAAGGUGAUGUCCAUGUCUGUCUGCCCGCAGGUGAUCUGCUCCUCCACGCAGCCGCUGGCCAGCAGCCUGACAGUGGUGAGCACCCAUGGGGCUGAGCAGGAGAAGCAGGCUCCCUUCCCCAGGACGGAGCCGGACCUCCACCCCAAGCCUCAGCUGAGCACAAGCAGCACCAUGGCGCUGCUGGCCAGGACGGACGCAGCCAGCCCCACCAGCGGACUCUUUAACACCCCGCCUCCCACGCCGCCCGAGCUCUUCGGAGAGGACUUCAGCAGCUUCCAGUUGCUGGUGGAGGUGGCUCUGCAGAAGGCGGCUGAGCUGGAAUCGCAGCGGCAGAAUGGGCAGCUGCCCCCGUUAUGGCACACGGAGCCCCAGGCUGCCCCAGUCUCCAAGUAACCUGCUCUGUGCUGGCUCCAGCUGGGUCUGCCCACCCUUCCUGUCUUCUAGGGUUCUGUCGGGUUUGGCCUCUGCCGGCUGAAGGUGUGUUUGUUUUGUUUUGUUUUUUUCCCCCUAUUGUUUUUCUCAGCAGUGAAGAUCCUCAUCCCAGACAUUAUACGUCCUUCUCCCACCAGGAGGGAACCCAAGGAGCCUGACGGCAUUCGGACCUCCGCAAAGCAGCCCUUGUGGACUGCAGUAUCUUCAUCUGGGGGGACACAUGACCCUUCUCAUUGUCACGGUGUUCGGAAGCUGUCAAGCAUCCCUUGCACCUUUGAUUCCACCCUGGGUUUCUUAUAUCAUGCUGGUGACAUCACCUCUCUUCAGGUGCCUAAAGGAGGGAGGCAUGGCUCCUUGGAAGGAUCUUAGUGGCUGAUGUGGAGCGAGAGCUUUGUAGCUGGCUGACCUCUUACUAGAUGACUAUUUUGCUGUGUAAAACCUGCUGACUUUAUGGGAGAAAAACAGACGAAGUGUCCAGCCAAAACUACAUCUAAAGGGGAGAGAAACCGUCUGGGUUUUGAACACCCAGGAGGAAAAGACUUUCCCCUAAACCUCUCUGGCCCACUUCUUUGUUUCUGCCUUGUAUAUAUUUUGUGAACGGAGAGUUUAGUCGCAGAGCCUUGAGCAGCCCUGGAGAGCCUGUGGAAAGGCAAAGAUCAAAGUAACUGGAAAACUUAAAUCUGUGGCUUUUUUUUUUUUU